AUGCUGUCUCUCUCUCAAACUCAAAGAGCUCUCUCACUUGAAAAGUCUCUCUGAAACUAAAACAAAAUUUAUAAGAACCCCAAAAGAGAAGAGAGGAGCUUUCUUUCUUUAGGGUUUUAGAAACUACUACUUUCGUUCUUCACCUUAUCACAUCAUUCAUGGCUUCCGAUGCUUCCGAUGCUCUUGAAGUGAGGCAGAAAGUUCAACAAUUUCUCAAUGCUGCUCGUAUUGGCAAUCUUGAUCUCUUAAAGAAUUUGGCGGGGCAACUCAAUGAGGGAAAGGGUUUGGCGAGAACUGUAGCGGAUAUUAAGGAUGCAAACAAACGAGGGGCGCUUCACUUUGCUGCAAGGGAGGGGCAGACCGAGGUUUGCAAGUACUUGUUGGAGGAGUUGAAGCUCGAUGUUGAUUCGAAGGAUGAAGAAGGUGAGACUCCUCUUAUUCAUGCUGCUCGGCAAGGACAUACUGAUACUGCCAAAUACCUUCUCGAGGGUGGUGCCAAUCCCGCUAUACCUAGUGACUUAGGGGCCACAGCCCUGCACCAUUCUGCUGGAAUAGGAGAAAUUAAGUUGCUGAAGAUUUUACUUUCCAAAGUUGUUGAUGUUGAUUCACAAAGUGAUGCUGGCACUCCAUUAAUUUGGGCUGCUGGUCAUGGACAACCAGAUGCCGUGAAAGUUCUAUUGGAACACCAUGCUAAUCCUAAUGCUGAAACAGAUGAUAAUAUUACUCCACUGUUGUCAACAGUGGCAGCCGGUUCGCUGCCGUGCUUAGAGUUGUUGAUUCAGGCUGGUGCCAAAGUUAAUAUUAGUGUUGGUGGAGUAACCCCUUUACACAUUGCUGCUGAUAAUGGGAGCUUGGAAAUCAUAAAUUGUUUGUUGAAAGCUGGAGCUGAUCCAAAUGUUAUUGAUGAGGAUGGUCUAAAGCCAAUCCAAGUUGCAGCUGCAAGAGGCAAUCGAGGAGCUGUUGAGAUUCUUUUUCCUUUGACAUCAAAAGUUCAGACCAUUGCAAAUUGGACUGUUGAUGGAAUACUUGAUUAUAUGCAGUCUGAGAUUAGCAAACAGGAUGAAGCAAGAAACAAAAAGGAAGUUAAUUUUCUGGAGGAAACUUCAUUAUCAAAUCAAGAUCUCCCCCAGGUGACACCAGAAGCAAAGAAGAAAGCUGCAGAAGCAAAAUCAAGAGGAGAUGAUGCUUUCAAAAGAAAAGAUUAUCAUAUGGCUAUAGAUUCUUAUACACAAGCAAUUGAUUUAGAUCCCACUGAUGCUACUUUGCUUUCCAAUCGGAGCCUUUGUUGGAUACGUUUGGAUCAAGCUGAGCAUGCCUUAGAUGAUGCAAAGGCCUGCCGAGCAUUAAGACCAGAUUGGCCAAAAGCUUGCUAUCGGGAAGGUGCAGCCCUACGUUUAUUACAGAGAUUUGAUGAAGCAGCCAACUCAUUUUAUGAGGGAGUGCAGCUUGACCCUGAAAAUAAGGAGCUUGUAAAUGCCUUCAGGGAAGCUGUUGAAGCUGGGAGGAAGUUUCAUGUUACCAAUCAGGAAAAACCAUAGCUUGCCUUCUGCUGAUAGCUCAAAGUUGUGACAAGAGGGAAGGAGGGACUGGAAUGGGGGUCCCCACAUGUGAGGAACUGUUAACUGUUAAGCUUAUUUUCCUUUUUGUUAUUUAUAUACCUGCUGCAAUGAUGGGGUAUACAUAGAGAACUGCAGUUAGCAAAAAUGGAUAGCUGUAAUUGUUUUACAAUUGUGAGUGAGAAUUGUCUGCAAUUUUGGUAGAGGUUUCA